GAAAUCCAAAAAGAUCAGUUGAAAAAUGCGAAAAUUAAUCCUCCUUUACUAGAUUAAAUUAUGCUUUAACAGUAAAUUUGGAUUAGAAUUAACCAUAAUAUAAAACGAAACUUAUUGUUAUUACAAUAAUAAGCACAGCAAGAGAGAAAAUUUCUCUCACUUCGACUUCAAGUUUCCCAGACAGACGCACAUGGUUACAGCUUCCUUCAAGGCAAACCAAAAUGUAAAGUCUUGGUUUGGUUGCCACGAAAAUAUCUUCUCUAGCGACUAGUAAAAAGAAUGGCAGGUCGAGGUCGUGGCAGAGGUGCACUAGGACGGUGGGGACCUUCACCUGGCUCCGGGUAUAGCAGCGAAUACGAUGGAAGAGCUGUGGCUUCUGUUCCGCCAUUGAAGAAAGAGCUGGAUAAGAGCAGCACCAACGAUAGCCAAAUGUGCCUUGUUCGUGUUACAUGCAUCAUCGAUGUGAACCACUUCUGGGCACAACUUGGUUCAGAUUCUGAUUUGGAUCGUUUUGAUAAUUACAUGUUUGCCUUGAACCACUGGUGUGAUAACCAGAUUCCUGCACCUUUGAAUGAUAUGCCUGGUGUUGGAGAAGUGGUUUGCGUCAAGCAUAUGGCGACAAGAACAUGGAGAAGAGCUGAAGUCACUAGAUUAUGUCAGAGGAUGGUUGAUGUGUUCUUCCUUGAUUUUGGUGAAGCAGAGUGUAUCCCCCUUGAUAUGCUGUGUAGUAGUGUACCAGGAGACAUCACAUCAUGGCCUCCACAAGCACUAUACUGUACCCUAGAAGGUGUACAACCACCUAGAGGAAAAGAUCAAUGGAGUGAGAAGGCAGUAAGAAGAUUCACAGAACUUGUAACUUCAGGACAAAGGAUAUCUGCUACUCGUGAUAAUGGAAACUUUCAGUUAAUGCUGUACCUAAUAGAUGACAUGGGUCAGCUGAAGUCAGUAGGUGUUAUCUUAGCUGAAGAAGGUCUUGCACAGGAAUCAAGAAGACACAUUCUUGCCAGUGAAGAAGAUCUGUGGCAUGAGGAAUCACCAGGACAUGCUCAACACGACAGAAGAACAACAGAAAAACCUGACAUAAAAUCCCUGGAACAGCAGUUGAUGAUGAGUGGUUUCUCAUACUUGAUACCCAACAAAUCUGAAGAAGCAGCAAUCAAAACCCCAGAAGGGUACAGUUACGAGAGAACAACGAUAUCCAGCUCUUAUUAUUCAUAUAAAGGCAAAAAUGAAGAUAGCCAACAUGUGCUAGCAAGCAACAAUGACCAGGAGCAGACAGGGUUGGCAUCUCAGUAUCAUUCUCCUUUUAAGCAUUUUCAUUCACCUAUAACUCAAGUAUUACCAUCUUCAACUUCAUUGCCAAGUAUCACUUCAAUAAGAGAAAGUUCUAGAAAUCACCCCACUGCUAUUGGAAGUCAUCCUCUGUCAACUAGACCUCACCUUGCUAGCCCUGGGGAAUUUAUGUCUUCAUCUAAGGGACAAACCAAAAGUCCAGAACAUGAACAGACCAUCCCAAGCAACUGGCCUUCUAUUCCAACUAGUGAAGAAACAACCACCAAUAUUCCAUUUGGAUCAACUGAUGGUAUCUCUUAUGAUUCACAACUUCAUGAGGACAGGGGAUUGAAACAGCACACAGACUGCUCAUACCAAGAAGUCCAGGAUGCUGCAGCAGCUCUGCAACAGCACCUUGAAGGUCCAAGUGCAUUCCAUGAUCCAAAGAAUAGCCAACAGACCUUCCCAAUACCAUUUACCAUACCAGUUAAGAGUGACAAGGGAAUCAUCUCACAGCUGCAGGCAUCAGUUUUGCGACAACAUCGACUAACUAAAAACCAACAGCAAUUACCAGUAUCAAAAACCCUGAAUUCUCAGGAUAAUGAAAAAACAAUGAAAAAGGAAUUGAGCUGGCAGAAGUGGAAAUUCCAAAGAAAUAUAAAGAAAGUCUUGGAAAAAAUGACUAAAGAAAAUAUUGAUGAUCUAGGUUAUGAUAUAAGUACCUCGAUUGCUGAUAGCCAAUUGUCAAAGAACUUUGACGGAGUGUCAGAAGUAAUGCUGGUCUUGGAAAUGAUUGUGGAGAAAGUUUUGGAUAAAAAGGGUUUUGAAAAUCAAGGUGCAAGAAUUUGUUACAUUCUCUCAGGCUUGGACAUCUUAAGAUUUUCAAAUUAUUUUCAUGAUGUUGUGACCACAUUCAGAGAUAACAUUGUUGAGCAUUAUACUAUCAGUGACUGGAAGCAGCGAUGUCAGCGCUUUAGUAACUUCAUGGGAGAAAUGUUCUUGAAUCUUUUCCUAAGUGAAAAUGAUCUUGAUGAAAGCUUCAAGUCAGUUGUGAAUACUAUCUUAAAAGAGAGCGUUGAAAAGUGGAGCUGUCUUGAUCAGGAUAAAUCUGAAGAAGAACUGCAUGUAUUUGUUGUCUGUCUUUCAAGUCUGCUUCAUGUGAUUGGUCCAAGUUUAGAUGACACCUCGAGAUUACAUGAUGUCGACAUUGAUCAUAUCUUUAGUUCAGUGAGAGAUCAAGUUCUCUCCACAACGCUUCCAAGUUUCAACCCAGAGGUCAAAUGUUUCAGAGCUCGAAGUUUGAAGUUUGAUUUUCGAUUUAUUCAGGCCCCGUCCACACACUGGGAUCCUUACGCCAAGGUCCAUACUAUGUUACAAAAGUUGAAGCUGGAAAAUCUAUUUGAAAACUUCAAGCAAAAUUGUAUCAGAGAUUCAUUGCUGGUGGCGAACAAAGAUGAUUUGAAGAAAACGUUACAAGAGGCAGGAUUUCCACCAGGAGUCAUAUUAGAAAUACGAAUGUAUUUAGAAAAAGGGGAUUUACGGCCCGCAACCACAAGAAACCCUAAUCAAAACAGAUCCAAUGAUAUGGCAAUAAACAGCAAAGUGCCAAGCUCAUUAGGAGGACAGAACUUGGAAGCGAAGGAACAAUCUACACGACGAAACGAAGCAACUUUGGAAAAAUCAUUCAAACCUGAUAAUGAACCUGAUAAAGGCAGGAGCGUUAGCCUUAGAGAUAAUACAGAAGAACAGUUAAGCACUAAACAAAACGAGGAAGACAAUGCAAAUCAGGAGGAUUAUAACAGAACAGCCAAUGAAGAAGAUAGCACAUUCGAUCCUAUUGAACAUUCUUAUUCACCCAAUAAUCCCAGUCAUCCCAAUAAGACAGAUCGAAAAAGAACCACAUUAGAGCAAACAUCUGAAGAUAAUAAAGCUGGUUUAAUCGACGCACAUAACUUGUUCGAGCCUUCGUACCUUAGUAGAACACUUCCUUUGAAAGUAGAUACUACAUGUUAUGAAUAUGAGGCAGGGCCUGAUUCGCCUAAUAACCAAGGACCCAAGUCAUACAGUGCUGUUGUCAAGUCCAAAAACGAAGAACAUUCCCCAGAGGCGACAACUAAUGCGAUUCCCGUCAAGCUGACAUCGUUGACCAGAACAGCCGUCAGUGAUGGCCCCAAAGAUGCAAAUAAAGGGAAUAAUAAACCAACCUUCAGUAAAGUCGCCCCAAAAGAUUCCAUUAAAGAAACUUCAGGUAAAAGAGAUCAAGGUUCGUCGUUAUCUCGGCCUCCCCCAGGUUUUCCUCCGCCACCGCCUCAGAAUUGGGGCCAGAGUCCAGAAAUUCGUUUGACGGUGUUAAACUCGAAACAGCGAGGCAGAAGUGAAAAUGGAGGAGUAGGACUGUCAUCAUCGGUUAUUGGAACACCUGAUGGACGUGGGUUCAGAUCUCGAGAAGGAAGUACCAUGACAAGAAGUGGGCCAUUACCUACGAGGGGUGGAGGUGCUUCUCGAGGAAGGCUCGAUCAACGCUGGAAAGGAGGUAGUGAUGACGCACAUCCUACAAACCAAAACUGGCAAGGAAGAUCCAUGACUGGGGCGACAUCAAACUGGCGGCAAAGGAUAGAUGAUCAAAAUAACCCGCGUAAUAAAUUACCUUAUAGGGAAAGUAGAUUCAUGAAUAAGACUGAAGGUGCCACGAAUAUAAGUUGUGGUGGUGGAUUUUCUCAAAAUAAAACUGAAACGUUGAGGCCAUUUGGGGAAGGAGGACCCAAAGCUUGUUUUAAUUGCGGCAGUAAGGACCACUUUACAUGUCAUGAUCGCUCAAAAAUGUUUUUCGAUUAAUCUUUGCCUUUUAGAUUUGUACAGAAACGUAACGUUGAUUAUAAAGAGCGGAUGAAAUUUCAAAUUUCAACGAAGCAACUUUGGAGGAACCUGUCGCUAUAGACGAUUUAAAGGGUUUCUUCCGCGUAAAAGGGACUAUGAUCGGUGAAUGGCAAAGAAAAGAUCCUUCAGUACAAUAGGUAUUAUGCUCGAUUCUAAACGAACUCAACGAACCUUUGAAAUUAAUUUUAAACUGUUUUAACAAGCACUCUGCAGGUCGCGACAUGCUGGUAUUCCGCCAUAUUGGAUGGCAAUCUAUUAAAAUGUUUUGUUCACGAGAAAAAAAUGUCUUGCAAAAUAUAAACUUUGAUAAAAGCUACGACAGCAUGGUGACCGGUGGCAUGGGUGGCGUACGCUGCUAAUGCGUCGUCUUUCACCGUUGUGAGUCCAACGGGUCGGGUCGCUUGUCAAAUACCUCUGGUCACCACUUGUGAAUUGAGUUUGUUGGACGUGUUGUUCUCUCCUGUGCCACCAGGGCUUUUUUCCUGGUUCUCCGGUUUUCCUCCACGUAAGCCGAGCGUUGUGUGCAUAAAAUAGUAAAUUUAGUGGCAGUGAGUGUGAGUGAAAGCAGGCCCACAUCAGCGGAAGCUGCCAGAAUAAUCAGCCUGCUCUUACAAAUAAAACAUUAAAAAACAUUAUGACACACGGUGCAACUUUGCGCGCAAUGUUGCAGUUAAUUCUCGUUGCGAGCCAAGUCACACUACGCAAUCUGUUGCAUUGCACGCAAUGUUGCUGAAAUAGAAAACAAUCCUAAUUCGGCAACACUGCCUGCAAUUGCGCGCAUUGUUAAAUCGUGUGUCUGCGCCUUAAGAAUUGCCACGUUUGCCACCAACGGUGGCGGGAAAGAUCACUUUCAUUGUCUACAGAAAAAUAUAAAUAUAGAGUCGAUGUCAUUACGUUGU